AAUAAGCGGAUCACCAUGCAGAGCCUUGGCAAGAAGAAUCACAGCUCUGUGUCUGAGUUCCUUCUCCUUGGCUUCUCCAGUGAGUCUCAGGUCAGAACCUCCCUGUUCACUUUCUUCCUCCUCCUCUAAAUCAAUGCCCUCACCCUUCUGGACAAUGGACUCAUCAUCACCCUGAUCUACCUGGAUCCACAACUCCACACACCCAUGUCCUUCUUCCUCAGCAUCCUCUCCUUGGUGGACAUGAACUAUGUCACCACCACUGUGUCCCAGAUGUUGGUUAAUAUGGUGUGUCCAAGGAGGAUGAUCUCCUGGGGAGCUUGUGUAGCCCAGAUGUUCAUUUUCUUGGUCCUGGGCAUUGCUGAGUGUGUACUCUAUGCUGUUAUGGCCUACGACAGGUAUGUGGCCAUUUGCUUCCCCCUCCACUAUACCCUGCAUAGCCGUGCCAUUUGUGUCAAGAUGGUCACAGUCUGUUGGCUCAUUAGCAUAGCUGGGGCUCUUAUCGACACUGUCUUCACCAUGCGCCUGCCUUAUUGUGGUCCCUACAAGAUAAACCACUUCUUCUGUGAGGUCCCUGCUGUCCUGAAGCUGGCCUGUGCAGACGCCUCCUUCAAUGACCAGUUGGAUUUCAUCUUGGGUUUCAUCCUUCUUUUGGUGCCACUGUCCCUCAUCCUGGCCUCUUAUGUCCGCAUCUUUGCCUCCAUCUUGAGGAUCUGUUCAUCCCAGGGGAGGUUCAAGUCCUUCUCCACCUGUAUUUCCCAUGUCACUGUGGUCACUAUGUUCUAUGGACCAUGCAUGAUCGUGUACAUGAGGCCUGACUUCUGGUUUGACCCAGAGUGGGACAAGAAGUUAGCCCUGUUCUACAAUGUUGUCUCUGCCUUCCUCAACCCCAUCAUCUACAGCCUCUGGAACAAGGAUGUAAAGGGGGCCUUUCUGAAGGUAUUUGGUGGCAGAGGGAAAGCUCAGUGA